AUGGAUCAAACAGAUUUAUUUGUUCCAAUAAAGCGCUGUUGCACUUGCAAUGAAAAUCUUUCAACUAAACGUGGACAAACUAUCGUACUCGUAAAAAUAUUAGUAUUGGCCAUCAUUCCUAUCAUCGUUCUAGUAAUUCAAGGAGGGAUAACAAUUGCAGAAGAUAACAAUCAGGUCGUUACACAAAAUAAAGUCGAAGCAGAUAUUAAGUUUAGUGUAGAAAUCGGACUACUUGUCCACAAUUUACAAAUUGAAAGGGGAACAACAUCUAUGUACGUUUCUUCAGGAAGGAUGGAUAUUCUACCCGUUCUACAAAGCAAAAGAACAAUCACAGAUAUUUCGUUAAACGCUCUUGGAAAAUGGAUAUCAUUGUCUACCCCUGGUUACUACCUGUCAAGAAAUACCUUUUUCCAACGACUACGGGAAUAUAGAAAUACUUUCGACAGCCUAAACAGGAGUUCAAGUGAAGUAAUAAGAUUUUACUCUUAUGACAUGGACGUCAUAUUAGAAUGGUUAGGAUCUAUAAUAACAAACGCUAAAUAUGUAACAGAAACAAGCUGGCAACCAUUGAUAGCGUAUCAUAUGAUUUUGUUAAGCAAAGAACAAACUGGGAUGGAAAGAGCAUUGGGUGGAGUAUAUUAUGCCAAAGGAGGUGUUUCACCACCAGAACUUUUAUGGUACAAAGAAAAGGCAACACUUGGACUAAGCUAUUUAACAAGAAGUAUGCAGUAUUCUACCACAGUACACAAUCAAAUAAACAGCAGGUAUACAUCAAGUGAGCUGGAAUCAGUUAUAAACAGCAUGCGGGCAGACAUAUUGGCUAAUAAUGCAACAAAUGGAUCGGCUGAAAACAGUAUUGCAUGGUCCAAAAACAUCACUAGUUAUAUAGAUUUAUUGAAAGAAAUUCAGGAUAUCUUAUCGCAGGAAAUAAUAGGAAUGCUCGAAGACUACGUAAAAUCAUUGAAGAAAAAAAUGAUUAUAAAUGUGAUAAAGAUGGUUUGUGCAAUAGUAUUGUUUCCGAUUACUGUGACCCUCGUUUACACACUUACAAACAAACUUCAACUAUUCGCGAAUUCACUCAGGAACAAAACAUAUGACCUUGAGAAGGAACGUAGACGUUCGGAACAUUUGUUGUAUCAGCUGCUUCCUAUAUCUAUAGCCAGAAGAAUGAUGAAGAAGAAGCCGAUAAUUCCGAAGCAUUAUGAUUCAGUGUCAAUAUAUUUUUCUGAUAUUGCUGGUUUCACUGACAUAUGUUCCAAAAGCACUCCAAUGCAGGUUAUCUAUAUGUUAAACUUAUUAUAUAUUAUGAUGGACGCCAAACUCGAGGCCUUCGACGUCUAUAAAGUAGAAACUAUAGGCGAUGCCUAUAUGGUUGCCUCAGGUCUACCAGUACCUACAAAGAACAGAACAAGACAUGCAACAGAAGUAGCAUCAAUGUCAUUAGAAAUCAUGAGUACAGUUAGUGAAGCUACGGUUCCUCAUAUUCCGCAGGAAAGAUGGAAAGUUCGAAUUGGCAUCAAUUCAGGUCCUGUUGUAGCUGGGGUAGUAGGUACUAAGAUGCCUCGUUACUGUUUGUUUGGUGACACUGUUAAUGUAGCAUCAAGAAUGGAAUCGUCUGGAAAACCUGGUAUGAUUCAGAUAUCGUCUGCUACAAAAGAAGCUUUAGAAGCAUACCCAGAGUUUCUUAUCAGAGAAAGAGGUGACAUCACAAUAAAGGUAGCUAAUAUUAUUGUUGGAAAGGGUCAGAUGAAGACCUACUGGUUGAUAGGACACAGUAAUGGCUACAGAGUUUCCACGCCUCAAUUAUUCCUGACUGAAUAA